AUGAGAUAUUACCUUGCUGAUGUCAUAUAUCUAAAGUGGGCAACAUUUGUGAAAACAAUCCCAUCUCCACAAGGACAGAAGUAUAAAUUAUUUGCAGCAGCCCAAGAGGCAUAUAAGAAGGAUGUUGAGCGUGCAUUUGGAGUGCUUCAAGCACGUUUCGCAAUUGUCCGUGGACCUGCACGAUUUUUUCAUCUUGAAACACUCAAAAAGAUCAUGAAAGCGUGCAUAAUUCUCCAUAACAUGAUUGUCGAAAAUGAGCGGGAAGAUGAGCGGGAUGAUAAUGAAGUGGUAGAUUUGGAUUAUGAACAAAAUGAUGGAGUGGAUAAUCCUCCUUUGCAAAUGUUACGUGAACAAAGUGAUGAAUUUUUGUCAUACAUUGAGAGACACAGACGCAUUAGAGACCGAGAAAUUCAUUUUCAACUCCAGUUGGACCUUAUUGAACAUUUAUGGCAAUUGCAAGGCGAGUCGUAG